UAAACUCUGAAAUGAGUGCGUUUCACUCAGUCUUUUUUUAUCAACACUAACAACAAUCAGUCAAAAUGAAGCUCCUGGUGGUUUUAGCUACCCUUUUAGUAUCAACCCUGGCCUUAACAGAUCAACAGAGAGAAAAUCUCGACAAACACGUUAAACCCUGCAAAGAAAAGCAUGAAGUGCCUGAACCAGUCUCAACAGAAAACGAAGAACCCGACCCUCGACUAAAAUCUGGGUAUCUUUGCGUCUUCAAAAGACUGGGUUUAGCGAACGAAGGUGGCGAAAUUAACAACGACGCUCUAAAAGUGAGGAUAAAAGCGGCCACAAGCACUGAAGAAGAAGCAGAAACGGUCUUCAAAAAGUGCGUCGUGAAGAAAACCACACAGGAAGACACCGUGUACAAAGCCACCCGGUGUUUGUACAAGGAGCUCCCGGAUUUUUCUCCGGUGGAAUGAAAUAAAAAUUUCUCGAGACUCCAAUAAAAUUUGAUUCUAAA